UUUCACUAUCAGUAUUGAAACGACUUUUAAACGGUUAAAAACGCCGAUAAUAACGAACGAAUAUUAUUUGUAUUUUUUUUUUUUGUUAAUAGAAAUAAAGAAACUUUUUCAAAAUGAAAUUAAUGAAAAAUACUUCAACAUACUUGGUGAUGUUUUUAAUUGUAUUUGCCUGCUGCACCCAGGAAACGGAAGCAUUACGUCGGGUAUUGCGUGGCCGUAGAACUUUUACACGCAGUUAUUUCUCUGGUUUGGCUAUACCCGGAUGGGCACUUGUUACAUUGAUUGCUCUUAGUGAACUUUUGCUCGGUGCCAUCCUCUAUUUUGUAAUGUAUAAAUUUAUUCUAACGAAAGAUGUUGAACCGACCACAAAUACAUAUGCACCAGCAGCUACAACGUCUCCUUCAUAUGCACCAGUAUCUACAACGUCACAUGAGGUCUAAGAUGAACAAACACCAACAACAGCCACCAGUAGAAGAUGAAGAAGAUGUUGGUGGAUUAGAAGAACAAGAUGAAGAGAAGAAGCUGUAGAAGAAACAAUCCAACCAAACCAUUGGCAACUUAAAUAAAAAAGAUACAACGACAUGAAAACAAAUCCCGUGGUUUAAACCCUAACUUUUUGCUGUUGUUAUUGUUUUUGUUGCUUUGGUAAAAUAAGACACAACAACAAUGAAUAUUAAAAAACGCACACACAAAAAAACUACUUCUAUUCAAACCCACAAAAGACAACAAGAACAACAUAACAAAAAUAAAACUACAUACAAAAAAAGUAUAGAGAUGUUAAGAGCAACAACUACAAUGAAAAAUGCAGCUAAACCCAAAGAGAAUGAACCCAAACUCCAAUAAAACAACAACCAACAAGUGCAAGCAGAACAACAAAAAAAACACUACUACAACAUACUACUAUUAUUGUAUUAUUUUUAAUAUAACAACAACUACUAUAACAACAAUAAGCAAAACUUUGUCAACAUUUUAUCUAAUUUUUAGUUUCUCUUUUUUUAAUUUUAUUUUUUAGAAAACUUUUGAAAUUUUUCUUCAUUUACUUUAGUUUUUUUUAUAUAAAAUUUUUCCUAUUUUCUAUAGAACCAUUUUCCAUAUGAAAUGUUUAAAUAAAAAACAAAAUAAAAGAAUAAAAUAGACAAAAAAAAA